UAUGACUUGAAUGUUGUUAAACCAAUGGCCUCUCAAGUCAAUGCCACCAUCGCCCUUACCACCCACAUGUUGUAAACUCAUGCCAGCAAUUGUUUCUAAACAUUCUAAAGUUUGUAACUCAAAUAGAGUUCCUCGGUAUACUGUACUUGUUACAUCUUUAUCUGCUUGCUGUAAAAAGCUAGAUAACCGACUUUUUUUUGUUAAAGUGGAUAGACGUCUAAUCAUUGAUAAAAAAAAAAAAAAAGACUGAGGUGGUACCAAGCUAUUUUUUUCCCCUUUGUCCCUUUUUCCUUGGUUAAAAAAGUCACACACGGUCAAUGAAAAGGUUUAAGUAGCGGUUCUAAUCUAUUUCCAUUUUUCCCUUUUCUUUCCAACUUUUCAGGAAUAAAAAAAAAAAUGAAAGAAUCUAUCUCCAACGCUAACUUCCCCAGAGAUGCUGAAGACAGAGUGUAUCACAUUAGUGUUAAAACUGGUGAUGUAGCAAAUCGUGUCUUGACUGUCGGUGAUCACGUUCGCGCCAGAAGAAUUGCCAAACACUUGGACAGUGAAGAAGAGACUGGUCAUCCUAUUUUUGAAAAGCAAAGUCAAAGAGGUUUCCUCACUAUCACAGGUAGAUAUAAGGGUGUUCCUGUUUCUAUCAUGGCAAUUGGUAUGGGUAACUGUAUGAUGGAUUUCUUCGUUCGUGAAACCCGCGCUAGUGUUGAUGGUACCUUGGCCAUUAUCCGUUUUGGCUCCUGUGGAUCCCUUACAACCGAGGCACCUCCUGGUGCUGUCGUAGUUCCUGCUGGUGGUUAUUGUAUUCGUCGUAACAUUGAUUACUUUGCUGAUGAGCCCAUCCAUCCCGAAAUUAAGGAUCAUGCCUACCUCUUUUCCGGUGUUUUCAAGGCUGAUGAUGAAAUCACCGAUAUUCUUUCUUCUACAUUAAAUGAAGCACUUGCCCCAGUUGUGGCCGAGACACACAAAGUGGGACCCGUAUUAACUGGUGGAUUAAAUGCAGAUGGAUGUUCAUUCUAUUCGUCUCAAGGCCGUCAAGAUGAGGUAUUCUGGGAUGAUAAUAAGGACUUGGUUGAGGAAAUCCAUACCAAGUAUCCCAAUACUCAUUCUAUUGAAAUGGAGACCAGUAUGUUGUUCCAUUUGGCCCGCUGUGCCCGGGAUCCCACUAAACCCAUCAAGGCCGCUGGUUGUAUGCAAGUCUUUGCUGAUCGCGUUAACAAUGCCUUUAUUCAUCCCGACCAAGUAGAUAUCCUCGAGCCCAUUGUUGGUCAAGCAUGUCUGGAUGCUUUAAUUAAAAUCCCUAUUGAAAAUGAAAUGGAAGCUGCUGGCACUGUUUGGGAGCCUAUUUCUAAAUAAAUUUAUCGGCUAUAUUCAUCAUGCCACUAUAUUUUAGUUAUACCCUAUGUGUGACCAAAUUCUCUAUCUUUCUCACGGUUCAAAACAUGUUGAAUAAGAUAGAAAUUACUUUAUUAGCCAUAAAAAGAUACGUAAUCAUAUUUGCACAGACACAAAUAUAAGUGGUAUAAAAAGUUAUUCAUCUUUCUCGCAGUUAAACUGUAAGAGACUGUUUGGCUCUAAAAUAAACUUUUCCAUGACUUCACGACGACGAAUUAACGUAGCACGGAAUUUCUCAUCCACACGGGCACGUUCACUUUCAAGAGUUGCAUCUUCAAUAAG